AUGAAUUUCGAUGUUGGAGGUCCAUCAUACUUAUCAUCAUCUUCAUCUUCGGAUGAUGAUAAUUUUCUGUCCAAUAUCAUUGCAGAGAUUGAUGAAACCGAAGAAGUAAUUUGUGAGUACAUCAACAACAACAUGAUCCUCGUUAACAAUUUACGUCAACAAAACUACCAACCGAUCCAUGGUGGCUCGAUUCCCGGUCAUGCAGUGAUCAACCGCGAUCGAGAAAAUGCGCAUCAGAAUUUGGUCAUAGAUUACUUUGCCGAUAAUCCACGUUUUGGAGAAGAUAUGUUUCGUCGUCGAUAUCGGAUGUCAAGAAGUUUGUUCCUUCGUAUUGUUGAUGCAGUGAAAGAUCAUGACUAUUACUUCCAACAACGAAGUGAUGGACUUGGUAGAAUGGGAUUAUCACCGUUACAGAAAAUAACAGCUGUUUUUCGCAUGUUGGCAUACGGUUUACCAGCUGAUGCUACAGACGAAUACGUUAAAAUAGGUGAGUCAACAGCAAUUGAAAGUAUGACAAAAUUUUGUCGUGCUAUGGUGGAAAUAUUCGCAGAGCGGUAUCUACGAACACCUAACGCUAAUGAUAUUACUAGGCUACUCUAUAUUAGUAAAAAACGGGGUUUUCCAGGAAUGUUAGGAAGUCUUGAUUGUACCAAUAAUGAUAUCAAUGUGCUGGAGUCAUCUAAUCUUUUCUCUAACCUAGCUCAAGGUAUUGCUCCUCCCGUUUACUAUGUUAUUCAAGGAAAAGAGUAUAAUAUGGGUUAUUAUUUAGCUGAUGGUAUAUAUCCGAAAUGGGCUACUAUUGUACAAACAAUCCAACAGCCACAAGGUAGGAAGAAAAAAUAUUUUGCCAUGAAACAGGAAGCAUGUAGAAAAGAUGUAGAACGUGCGUUCGGAGUUCUCCAAUCACGAUUUGCAAUCGUGGCAGGAUCAGCACGUUUUUGGAAAAAACAUGUAUUACAUGACAUAAUGACUGCAUGCAUUAUUAUGCACAAUAUGAUAAUCGAGGAUGAACGUGAUCUUUAUGCACCAAUUCAAGAAGUGAGGGAAGCACCAACACCAGAAGUUGAUAUGGUAGCAGAUGAAACUACAAGAUUUACUCAAUUUAUUACACGUUACGGAAAAAUCAAGGAUAAAGAUGCUCAUAUUGCGCUUCGUAAUGCAUUAAUAAAUCAUCUAUGGGAGGAAUACACUAAUUCAGAUAGUUAA